AUGCCUCAAAGACAACCUUACAAAGACGCGCUGCGACUGUUCGAAGCCUUCUUCCUCGGACUUCUGAGGUACACCUUACCGGUCAUCAACAACACCUGCAUUACCAAUAUACGAGCCCUCCAAAGCAUCCAGGCACAAGCUCUACGAACCUGUUUAGGGCUACCCCGCUCUGCUUCCACGCCCGGGACAAUUGCGGAGGCUCGCAGGUUUCCAAUUGAAGCAUACAUCAUACAAGAGACGCUGCGGUUGCACUUGAGGCACCUUACACAACAUUCUCGCCAUCACUUAGCAACGUUACCUACAAACAGACCAAAGUCCAGCUUCUCCAGAACGAUAAGAAAGCACAAUACUACUCUAAAUAAUUUCAAUCGACCAUCUAUUAAGAACAUACCGCCAUGGACAUUCUUGACUCCAGAAGUAGUGCCGUACAUCAAAGGCAUUCAUAAGAAGUCAUCAACUCCACUGCCUGUACUGAAACAACUGGCAUUAAGGGUCAUUAAUGAAACGUACGGCUCGACGACACAUGUAUACACCGACGGAUCCUCUUCUGAAGAACGAGCUGGAGCUGGGAUUGUAAUACCCGCCCACAGUAGUUUCUCCAGUUUUGAAAUAGGACACAAAACGACAUCAACGGCAUCUGAGUUAGCGGCCAUACGAGAAGCACUAAGGUACAUCCUACGUCAAGCACCCCAGAACUGGACCAUCUUCAGUGACUCAAGACCAGCGCUACAAAUAAUCCAGUCUUCUAUGAAAAAUAAUGCGUACGACUUUCUGGCAUACCAAAUCUUCUGCACCUGCCACCGGGCCCUCCAGCAGGGUCAUCAAAUAGCUCUUCAGUGGAUACCAGGUCAUUGUGGUGUCGCCGGCAAUGAGGCAGCAGAUAGUGCAGCAAAAUCAACCAGUAACGGCAAGAAAAUUUGCAUACCCUCGAACUGUCAAAGCUGCGAAGUUGAAGGGACAAUCCAACAUAUCCUGUGUGAAUGUGAU